AUGUAUCCAAGUUGGGCAUAUAAAGUAGGUGCAAGAUGGGUAUCUGAUCAUAAUACUUUAUUUGGGGGGAAUAACUCAAUCCCAAAGCCAACAAAUGUUCCAUUCAGAGCACUCAAGGUGUGGAAGAAUCAUUCUGGUUUCCUACCACUUAUUAAAGAUUCAUGGAGUAAAGCAGUAAAAGAAGAGGAAAUACCGAACUAUACCAUUGCAUCAGACCAAGAACCAGAAAAUACUAUACUCUUAAAUAAGUUGGUAACUGCAAGAGGGAAGUUGGAAGUUCUUUCUCAACAACAAAAAGACAUCAUUCAACAAAAAUCAAGAGUAAUGUGGCUUAAAGAUGGAGCUUCAAAUACUAAAUUCUUUCAUGUUAAUAUGAAAGUAAGACAAGCUCAGAACAUGAUAGUAGAGUUAGAAGAUGAUGAUGGAAACAUAAUAACUUCACAGAGAGAUAUUGCUUCAAAUCUUGUUGCCCAUUCUGAAGAACAGUUCAAAUUCCAGGAGGUGGAGAUAAAUCAUCAAUUUUUGGAUGUAAUUCCAAAAGUAGUAAAUACUGAAGAUAAUAAAAUGCUAGAAUCAACUCCUUCUAAGGAAGAAAUUAAAACAACUAUUUUUGAUCUCAAUAUAGAGAGUGCACCGGGACCAGAUGGAUUUGCAGGGUGGAUUUAUAGAUAUGCUUGGGAAAUUAUUGGUAAAGAUCUCACUGAUGCAAUUCAAUACUGCUGGAGAAGAAGUUUUAUCCCUGAGGGACCAAAUGCAAAUUUCCUUAAGCUGAUACCAAAAACCAACAAUGCAAAAAAGGCAAAGAAAUAUAGACCUAUUGGAUUAAUGAAUUUCAGCUUCAAGAUUUUUAAAAAAAUUUGGGUUACAAGGCUGGGGAGCAUAAUUCAUAAAAUGGUUUCACCACAAUAA